AUGGAUUACAGCCCUCUAACUCCAGAGGUCAACGUUCUGCUGUUGGGCGAUUCGGAAGUCGGGAAGUCGACGUUCUUAUCUCGCCUGUCACUCGGUGUACAGCCUCAGGGCGACGACCUCCCACCGUAUGAACUCCCCAAGCUACGCGAUAUCGACCAGCCCUACGCCUUCGACAUCUCGCUCUACGGGCGUCCAUACAGGCUGCAGUUUUAUGACACUGCGUCGCCCCAGAACUACACUCUCCUGCACCCGCAAUUCGUGAUCCUCUGCUACGACAUCUCCUCGCGCGCAUCCCUCGAUUCUCUUGCAUCGACAUGGCUGCCGAUCGUAAAUAAGCACUUCAACUACGACGAGAACCUGCCUGUGAUGGUCCUAGGGUUGAAGCGAGACCUGAGGAAACAAUGGACGUUAGCCGAGCAUGGCCCGGAUAAGAAGGGCAAGGGGCCGAGUGUCAUGCCACACGAGGGUCUGCAGGCGGCGCAGAGGAUGCUGUGCGAUCACUAUGCUGAGUGCAGCGCGCUGACAGGGGAGCUGUGCAGGCAGGUACUGGAAGACGUUGCAAAGACGAGCGCAAAGACAACGACUGAGAAGGGCGCCAAAAGUCAAGGGGCUGAUAUGUGUACUAUGAUGUAG